AUGGCCAGUCCAACCCGUCCUCCGAUUGCUCCGCCUAUAGGCACCCUUGUUCCAACAGUGACACCAUUGCCCGCUGCGUUACAACCUUCUGGGGAGCAGAUCGUUGUUUUAUAUGUCAUCAUCGCAUUCGCCGUUGUCAUUUUCGGCUUUUGGAACGUUCCUGGCGUUAGGAACUGCAUAAAUCCUCUGAAACUCUUCACCAUCGGAUGGCAUGAACUUUGCCAUAUCGCCGCAGCAAUAUUAUCUGGGGGGCGAAUAUUGAAAAUAACAAUAGACCCUCAUGUCGGCGGCGCGACCAUCGUGGAAGGUGGUCGACCAGGGUUGAUCCUUUCCUCAGGAUACAUUGGCUCCACCCUUCUCGGAGCCCUCUUCACACUAGCAGGCUGGGACACGCUGGUCGCCAAAGUCAUGAGCUUUGUUCUGGCAAUCGGCCUAGUCAUGCCCCUUGUGCUCGUACGUGAUAAACUUACGAUACUACUAACAGCCGUGUAUGAGGCGCUGCUCAUCGCGUUCUGGUUUGUAGACCAUGGCGGUGCCUUGCGGUGGUAUUGCCUAUUCAUUGGAGUGAUGAACAUCCUCUUCGUGAUAUGGGACGUAGCUGACGACAGAUUCUUUCACAAGACAAACGAUUCGGACGCCACACAGUUCGCGUUACUAUUUCCAACAACGAGAGCACACCACUGGGCCGCAUUCUGGAUCAUAUUCCAGCUUGGAGUCCUUGCCGCGUUUGCAGUGCUGGGAAUAAUGGUCUUCAAACUGUCUGACGAGGAGAUGAAAGCACAAGCUGGUGAGAUUUCGAGCACUACUUCAUUAUGCUUAUAUGAAAUGGGCAUUCCAGCUAGCUUUCUACCAACAUAG